GCCCCCCUCUGGCCCCAAUCUUCAUACCCUGCAUGGAGCACUGCAACAGUCCAGGGGACGCAUGCUGCAUCUCCACGGAUGGAUGUGUGGAGGACCUGAGGGCCCAGGAUUCGGCCAUGUAUGAAAUUCCGCUGCAGAGGAAGGGGGACAGACUGCCCUUUCAGAUCUUUCCAGACCCUGUGGAGGCUGUGCUGGGUCCAGACAGCUCUCUGACCUGUGUGGAGCAGGGGAAGGAGCGGCUGCCCUCCAUCGUGGUGGAGCCCACGGACGUGAGUGAGGUGGAGAGCGGCGAGCUGCGCUGGCCCCCGGAGCAGGACGACUACGAGGAGGACGAGGAUCUGUUCCUGGAGCAGUGUAUUCCACCUGCCAACAUCGCAGACUGGGGGGAGGAGGAGGAGGAAGAGGAGUCCUCCAUCAUUAUCAGCCAACAGCAGGGCACCUCACUGUUAGACCUUCAGUCUGAUGACUUUAGAGAUGAAACUCCCACUCUGCCUCCCGAGAGUGCUCCUCAACUCUCCCUCAACUGAUCUUCUUUGGCUCCAACCAUGAUGAAACCUGGGAAAUCCAUUAGCGGCAUCCCCAGCGGCAUCAGAGAGACCCUGUUGGUCCAGACAGUUAAAGGACGUUCAGAUGCUGGACUCGGCAACGUUUGACACUAUGCAACGAAUAGUGAUGUCUUCAGUCUUUGAGAAAGAAGACUGAAGAUGUCAGGCCAGUGCAGCUAUCAUGUGCUAGAUCCUAGUACAGGGAUUCAUGCCUCGCAAUAACUCCAUUCAGCCUGGCAGUGGAGAGGAUUUCUACAAUCAACUCUGAUUCACCCAGAAAACCACCAUAGAUGUCGCAGAUUCAGAGUAGCUGGUGUAGACAUAGCAUAGGUGUUAGGUUGUAUUUUGAUUUAGCCCCCUCAUCAGACAAUGUUAUUCCUAUUUUUAACUAUUUUUUAACAUUCUUCACAUGAUCACUGUAUUUGUUUUCUAUGCAAAUAUUAUGUAGAGGUCACAGACCAAAACUGACAAAUUUAGAAUAGUUCUCCUCUGCAUAUCAUGGAAAACAUGGAAAAUGUUCCUUGUUUACUUGAAAUAAACGAGUUGUAGUG